AUGACUGCCGAAGCAAAUAUGUGGAAUAACAAAACAGGCCAAUAUGAGCGAGUUCUUAUAUUUUUUGACACUGGUGCACAGAGAACUAUAAUAAACGAACGUACAGCAGAGGAAUUUGGAUUCCCAAAGCAAAAAACGGAAAUAUGUCUGUCUGGCAAUGGUGGCCAUACUGAGAAAUUUAAAACGUUCUUUGUUCCAUUGAAAAUCUCUACAGUUUUUGGAAAAGAGAUUCGUCUAACGGUUCAAACAAAACCCGUGAUAACUAACGGUUUUCGUUCAGCAUAUCUUUUAGAACAAGAUAAGCAGUUUCUUCAAGAUAACGAUAUUUGUUUGUCCAAUCCAAGAUUGAGAAGUGAACACCAAAAUCCACAAAUUCUAAUUGGAUUAGACUACUGCAACGAAUUUGUUAUGAGUAGCACUAGAACAAGACUACCGUCGGGACUAUAUGUUGCCAGAACAUCAGUAGGUCCAACUCUUCAUGGUCGCAGUACAAGUGCGGUAAAUGUAACUAGCGAAGAGAUUACCCAUAGUCUUACGCUCGUUCAGGAGCCAAGUGAAGCAGAUAUACUUCAGAAGAUUUUCGAAUUGGAUGGAUUAGGAAUUUCCACCAAUGGAUUUUCAAAUGACGAAAAGGCAUUUGAAUAUUUUGAAAAAUACUCCAAAACUAUAUUAUAUAAGGACAAUGUAUUGACUGCCCCUUUUCUUCUUAAGGACAAUGUAAUCGAUAUAUCUGUUAAUUACGCGAUGGCAUACCGUAGGCUCGAGUCCUUACAGAAACAGCUGGCGUCCAACAAAGAGCGAAGAUCGUGGUACAGCAAAAUAUUGAAUGAUUACCUCAAAGAUCCCAUAAUCGAAAAGGUACAUGAACCAGUCAAAAACGCAGCUGGCAUCUAUUAUAUGCCACAAUCUGGAGAGUGA